AAACCGUAUCCCUUCAUUCAUUGUCAGCAGCAGCUUCCUGGAGCCAUUUUUCAGCUGCCGGCCGCAGCACCCGGGCUGCCGCCGCCGCCUCGCAAUCCAUUGCAUCGGCCGCCCCCGACGCCUCCAUCCCCGCUUGGGGCCCGAUAUCCGUGCGGCCGGGACCCUCCUCUCUCCAGAGCCCCGAUUAUUUUUGGCCCCCGGGGCCUGUGCGGUGCGGAAAAAUAAAAAGAAAAGAGAGAGAGGGGGCUCGGAAGCGCCGGGCGGGGAGGAGAGAAGGAGGAGAGACUUGGAAACUCCGACUGCAAAUAAUAAAGAAAUUGAAAACAAUACAUUAAUAUACCAUAACACUAAAAAGAGCAGGAGCGAGAGAUGAGAAAGGGGAUCCAGCCCGCUCUGGAGCAGUACCUGGUGACCGCCGGGGGUGGGGAGGGGGCGGCUGUCGUCGCCGCCGCCGCUGCAGCCUCCAUGGACAAAAGGGCACUGCUAGCCAGCCCAGGCUUCGCCGCCGCCGCCGCCGCUGCCGCCGCCCCGGGCGCGUACAUCCAGAUCCUCACCACGAACACUUCCACCACCUCCUGUUCCUCCUCCCUCCAAAGCGGCGCCGUAGCCGCCGGCCCCCUCCUCCCCAGUGCCCCCGGCGCGGAGCAGACCGCCGGCAGCCUCCUCUACACCACGCCGCACGGACCCUCCAGCAGAGCCGGGCUGCUGCAGCAGCCACCAGCCCUGGGACGCGGCGGCAGCGGCGGCGGCGGCGGCCCUCCGGCAAAGCGAAGGCUGGAGCUAGGAGAAAGUGGUCAUCAGUACCUCUCAGAUGGUUUAAAAACCCCCAAGGGCAAAGGAAGAGCUGCACUGCGAAGUCCAGAUAGUCCAAAAACUCCAAAAUCUCCCUCAGAAAAAACGCGGUAUGAUACGUCUCUUGGUCUGCUCACCAAGAAGUUCAUUCAGCUCCUGAGCCAGUCACCCGAUGGGGUCUUGGAUUUGAACAAGGCAGCAGAAGUGCUAAAAGUGCAAAAGAGAAGGAUUUAUGAUAUCACCAACGUUCUGGAAGGCAUCCACCUCAUUAAGAAGAAGUCUAAAAACAACGUCCAAUGGAUGGGCUGCAGUCUGUCUGAGGAUGGGGGCAUGCUGGCCCAGUGUCAAGGCCUGUCAAAAGAAGUGACUGAGCUCAGUCAGGAAGAGAAGAAAUUAGAUGAACUGAUCCAAAGCUGCACCCUGGACCUCAAACUGUUAACCGAGGAUUCAGAGAAUCAAAGGUUAGCUUAUGUUACAUAUCAAGAUAUUCGAAAAAUUAGUGGCCUUAAAGACCAAACUGUUAUAGUUGUGAAAGCCCCUCCAGAAACAAGACUUGAAGUGCCUGACUCAAUAGAGAGCCUACAAAUACAUUUGGCAAGUACCCAAGGGCCCAUUGAGGUUUACUUAUGUCCAGAAGAGACUGAAACACACAGUCCAAUGAAAACAAACAACCAAGACCACAAUGGGAAUAUCCCUAAACCCACUUCCAAAGACUUGGCUUCAACCAACUCAGGACAUAGCGAUUGCUCAAUUUCUAUGGGAAACCUUUCUCCUUUGGCCUCUCCAGCCAACCUCUUACAGCAGACUGAGGACCAAAUUCCUUCCAACCUAGAAGGACCGUUUGUGAACUUACUGCCUCCCCUGCUGCAAGAGGACUAUCUCCUGAGCCUCGGGGAGGAGGAAGGCAUCAGCGAUCUCUUUGAUGCUUACGAUUUGGAAAAGCUCCCACUGGUGGAAGACUUCAUGUGUAGUUGAUUAUGCUUCGUGUGAACUCUCCUUAAAAACCGGUAUUUUUUUAUCAUGGAACCAGAACAUCUGUCAUGCAGUGUUGUCCCCUCCUCCCUUCUUCCUCCAAGAGAGUAUCAUGAAGUAAACGACAAACUUCAGAAGAAAGCUGACAUUUUAAUGAAUUUUUUAAAAAAUUAAUAAACAAAUCGUCUAAACGCACAGUUGCAGGCUCCCUUGGGAAAGCCCUGCUUUGCUCCAGGCUCCAAGAUCUCCUGGCUAAGUCAGCAAGUGAGAAAAUGUGCAAUCAGGUGUCUCUCACCCCGACUUUUCCUUCCUCCUUCCUCCCCGGAUUGGCUUGCUGUGCCUGACGGAUGGGCUGUAGAAUGGGGUCUGGCCACCUGGCCCGCUGGGAAACAGCAAUCUUCCUUAAUAGCAUUUCAAGCCGUGCCUUCUCCGCAGAAUGCAUGUCUUUGGGGUCUGCUAAUAUGGAAUGGAACUGCAGCAAAUGCAAACUUGAAGUCAUGCAAAAGUAUGAAAUGGAUUUCUUCAGCUCUUCUUAGGAAUAUUUAAAUUACUGUCAUAAUUCAGUUUAAGCUAUGAACUGUGUGUCCCAGUAGGAGGUCAAGAAAACCUCCACAGCCUUCUGGAUGAAGAACCUGUUUUCAAAUAUACUUGUUGCAGAUACAGAAGACUAGUAGAGUUCUGCCACUCUAAGCUGUUGUGGAUUUUCCUGUCUCCAUGAACCACUCCCAUUCCCCUGUCCCCAAUGUGUUUGUGAGUUUCCAGUUGAUUUGUAGCAAAUGCCUACUUAGUUCUUUGUGGAUUGUUUUAGACUUUUUAUUUUUUUAGCUGCCAUUUAAGCAUUCCUGUGGCACCCAUCACCAUUUCAAUUUAAUUGUUUACUUUGAAGCGGUUUUUGCAAAUUCACAUUACUUAAGCAGAGGGAGAGAACCUCUACUGAUCAGAGCAUCCAAACCUGUGUGAUCUAAGGUUUAUCAGCCUCUGCAAGAAGCUUUGUCCCAUCGUGCUUCCAUUCCCAGGAGGGGGAGCUUGGAGCGAGUCAGUCCUGGGGCUUGCUGACAUGGGUGGCCCAUUGGAAAGGAGAACCAGGUCAGAUGACGUAACAGCCCCAAGGAGCAGCAAGCAUGGGUCCCUCCAUCCUUGGGCUUCCCGGGCCCCUGUGACCGGGGAAAGGGCUCUCUUACACCGCACUCAGGGAGACCACUUCUCAGGAUGGGGUCAGAUGGAGAGACCUCUAGGGAGAAAGACAUCCCCAUUGUGUGAGUGGCAUUUCCUUAAGCUGGCAGGAACAGGGAGCGGCCCUGUGUCAGGGGCUGGAAUAGUUCUGGCCAGACCCCGUUCCCCUUCCUCUAUGAAGGAAUAAGUUGGACCAAGGGAAGUCGGGGACGUAGAAAAUGAAGCUAAACAAUGCCAGGGCGUCUCCCGCUUUACUCUUCAGGAAUGGUGUCCCAAGUUGGAGGCUUUGUGUCAGCUGCAAAUCCUACCAGUUAUGUCCAAGAAUGGCCUUCCCUCAGGCAGGUGGCAGUGGCUAUCUCCCACUGGGAAUAUGGCGUAGUGUCUCCGGUCCAUUCCUUGGAUGCUAAGGACUGCGGGAAUGAGGGAGUCAGAUAAAGAACAAACCUCAAAACGAACAGUUAAAUUGAAAUGCUAUGUGCCUGACCCAAUGGUAGGCAUAUAGUAGGCACUCAACUCAUAUGUUUAAUUGAAUUGAAAAUAUCCCUUAGGAAAAAAAAAAAAAAAACACAAACAAAAAACCACAAGAGCCCCAGCCAGUUUACUCCAGGUAGAUUUCCACAAUAUGCAAAGUGGUGGUGGGGUCAAGACAGAUGACACCAGCACUUUAAACUCUUUGUGUGGGUAUGCGUGGGUGUAUGUUUGGGAAGAAAAACAAAGGUGCAGACUAUCUUCCUUUUUUCUUCUUCAGCCUCCAUCCCUGGCCUCCUCCCCUCACACACACUGGACUUGGUACAAAAUGUCGGUGUGGUCCUAGAUGAAGCAUUGGGGUGGGGGAGGGAGAGGGAGCUUUGUGUUAAGUGCCUACUGGAAAUGCACUGUGGGGUUUUUUCCUGUAUGGGAAACCAUUUAUGCCAAGCUUUUCCCCAUUUCCCAUAUUUAUCUCAUCUGGUUAGCUGCCUCUGCUUCCAGCUUUGUGUAAUUCUCUUUGCCAGCUGCACAAAGCUGAUUUUUUCCAAAGUCUGAAGACUGAGCUCACCUGGCUAGAUUGUUGUGUGUUUUGUUGAAAUUUCUCAUAAUGUAAUGCCGUAUUUAUUGUUUUAAAAAUGAAAGGAAUACUAAUAAGUCUUAAAAGUUCCUUCAUGGAUAAGAUUUUUUUUUCCAGUUACUGGGCUUAACUGGUGUACAUUAAUUAGAUGUCCAUACUGUAUUUUGUUUGCAUUAAGUACUUUUCUUUUUGACUUAGUAUCCGGCACACAAAGUGGGUUAGUACUACAGUAUUUGCGUUACUUUAAGUACUAAGUAUGCAGGUUUCCUGGUACCAUUGAGUUGCUGCUAUUAAAGCUCACACACGAAAUGGCUAAAAGUUACAAGUGUGCGAAUUAUGACUGCGUGAGCCUUAGAAAAUAAAAUGUAUAAAGGGCAACACAUGAGCUGUCAAACAGUGUUAGGUAUGUGUUUAUAUGUACAGAGUUGUGCAUAGCAAUCGUUUUAUUUAAGUUGAUAUGUAGUCUACUCACAUUUUCAUUAUUUGGCAAUUUUGUACAAAAAUAGCAAUUAAUUUGUAAACACUGCCAGAAUACUUUCUAGCUGGUUUGUAAUUUUGUAAGAGUGUUAUUUUGUUUUGUUUUUUCUGUUCUGUGUCGUGGUUCUUGUUUUCAUUUUUGUUGUAUGUAUAGAUCUGUAAAUAAAAUUGCAGUAUUUAAAGCUUAAGCUUUCAGGAAAAAGAAAAUAAGAAUUCAAUGUGUGCAUGACAACUCGUGUGUAUGAGAAGGAGGGAUUUGAAGGAAGAUGGCUUGCAGAGUAAGUCGGGUGGCAAUUGUCAGGGUGUGGGAAUUUCUCUUCCUACGGGGUACGUGAUUUUGUAAAAAGGAAGUAUUUCUCCCAAAAUUGGGAGUAGGCAAACUGCGAAUCAGUUUAGCUUUGUGUUGUAUGCUAGUUUAAAAAAGAAAAUAUGUAAUAUAAUGUAAAAAAACAACAACAAAAAAAGCUUUUAUGAUGGAUUUUGUAAAUAGAUUUGUUACAGGGUGACCUGUUCUCUAGCUGUGAUCUUACCACUUCAAAUGGGUGUAAUUUGAAUAAAUUUUGUAUGGUAAAGGAUCAAUAAAAUGAUUUUUUUUUUAAGAGUU